AUGCUUGUGGUUGAUCUGAAGGCAGAUGUGAGCACAACAGUGGUGACAGAGCUGAGUCCUAAAACAGAAUAUUCCCUCACUGUCUACGCCAUCUACCCCAGCCUCAUAGGAGACUCUGCAACAAUCACCAUCCAGACAACCCCUUUGCCUCAGGUGUCAAACUUCCGUGUUAUUGAGGAAGGCCUGUUCUCUCUGCGCCUGGGCUGGACGCCUCCUCUAGGGAGGCUCAACGGAUUUAUGAUCUUCAUCCCAAGAUCCAACCGACCUGGAUUUGCUUAUGAGAAGAUGCUUCCUGGAGACACCUCUUCUCAUGUGAUUGACAGCCUGGAGGAGGAUAAGAAGUACACUGUCAGUAUUUAUGCUGUUUACUCCCAGGGACCAAGUGAAACGGUUUCAAUAGUGGGCAAGACAUUAAAGCUGGUACAAGUUCAGAAGUUCCUUGUCCAAAACGCCACCACAGAUACUGUCCAGGCGAGAUGGACAUCAGUUAAGGGUGCCACAGGAUACCGUCUGACAUGGGAAUCCCCAGACGGCCACAUAGAGAACGUUAACCUCGGGGACAACUUUAACUUCUACAUGAUCCAGGGCCUCCACUCAGCCUCUGAGUACAAGGUCACCAUCAACCCCAUCUUUGGAGACAUUGAGGGGCCGGUCACCACCACCAAAGUCAAGACAUUGGAAAGCAGUGCAGUACAAACCUUGAAGGUGUCUGCUGUGAGCACCAGUACUGCUGAUGUCGCAUGGAACAGUGUCCCAGGAGCCACAGGUUACAGACUGGCCUGGGGACCAACUCCAGAGUUUGUUGGUCGGGACCGUCCCAGGCAGGUGGCUCUGAACGGCAGCACCACAGAGUACCAGCUGAGGAAUGCAGCCCAUGAUACUGAGUAUGUCCUGUCUCUCUAUGUGCUGUUUGGAUCUGUGGUGGGGCCUGGUAUAAGUGCUACCUUCAGAACUUCUCCGUUAGGGUAUGUGUCCAACUUCAAGGUGUCAUCCUACAACAGCACCUCCGUAGUUGUGGAGUGGAGUCCCAUUGUUGGAGCUACUGAGUACAAACUGUCUUGGAACACAGGUGAUAGCACCCCUCAUUCCCAUUACCUGGGCCGCAGUGUUCUCUUCCAUCGUAUCAAAGACCUGAAUCCACAGUCCACCUACACAAUCACCAUCUGUGCAGUGUACGGCAACUCAGAGGGACCAGAAAUCUCCUUAUCUCAGCUCACAGCUGCUGUUUCAGACUCACAGCUAUUCCAGGCAGUGAGGGAGGUGAAGGUUGUGGACAUUGGAGUCAACUCCUUCACUCUGUCCUGGGGGAAAACACCAGGGGCAUCUGGGUACAAAAUCUCCUGGAUCCCCUUCCUGGGGGGUGAUGAAAUGUCCCACGUGGUAUCUGCUGCUUCCACCACUUUUACCAUCCACAAGCUGCAGGAGAGCUCAGCUUAUAAGAUCCAGGUUUCCUCCAUGGUGGGCAAUAGGGAGGGAAGCCCAGUCCUGCUCACUGCACGCACCUUGGAUCUUCCAAAAGUGAAUGACUUUGCUGCUCUGAACACUUCAGAGAGCAGCACUGUUCUGAACUGGACACGUGUGGCUGGCGUUUCUGGAUACCGUCUCUCCUGGAGGCACAUCUCAGUGUUGGAGACGAAAACAGAGACGCUGGGCCCUGGUUUCAACUCCUUUAUGAUCAGUAAUUUGCUGUAUGGAAGAACCUAUAUUUUUACCAUUCGACCGUUGUAUGGAGAAGUGGAGGGCCCUAUAAGCACUAUUUAUCAGAGAAUAUUGGGACAGGAUGGCCUGGGGGUGACAGUCCAGUCUGUGGCAGCCACAGUCGCGCCUCAUAUCACGACUGCCUCCAUCACAGACACUACCGUCACUCACACAUCCUCCAGGACCACCCGGCACCCCAUCGCUGUGCCACAACCUAAAUCCAUAACCACCAAGAAGACAGGUCAGCCAAGUGUCACUGAAGCCAAAGCAGCUGAAGCCACCUUCCUUCGAUUAACCACACUUAGUGCAGAGACAACAGCUGCACCAAGACCAGUGUGUGGUAAGACCAAAGCAGACAUAGUAUUUUUAGUGGAUGAGUCCUCCAGCAUCGGGGCAAACAACUUUAUCAAGAUGAAAGACUUCAUAUUCCGAGUGGCAACUUACUUCCCUAUCAUUGGUCCUCAGGGCACACAGAUAGCCGUAGUUCAUUACAGUGAUGAGCCUCGAAUUGAAUUCCGUCUAAGUGACUUCAAAGACAGAAACUCUGUGCUCAGGGCGCUCAGAGCCCUGCGUUAUGGAGGGGGCAACACCAAAACAGGAAAAGGCAUCAGCUACGUUCUGCAGGAACUGUUCCAGGAGUCUCUGGGGAUGAGGCAGGAUGUGGCCCAUGUUCUGGUUCUGAUUACAGAUGGCAGGGCCCAGGAUAAUGUGGUGCCACCCUCUAGAAUUGCACGUGCUCUGGGUCAGUAA